GAAAAUAAGAAAAUAGAGACCAUGGAAAUCUUCUAAUCCUUUCCACAGCAUUUUUGUGCCUCUGCCUCUUCGUAGCUUUGCUCUAUGUUUUGUACAAGUAUUGGUGGGUACCUCAUCGUGUACAGUUCAUCAUGAAUUCACAGGGAUCAGAGGACCUCCUUACGAAUUUAUCCAUGGAAACAACAAAGAAGCUCUCCAAAUGCAGAAGGAAGCAUCUAGCAAACCUAUGGCCUUGACACGAUAUAUUUCCCAGAGUAAUGCCUUAUGAUUACUCCUGCAUCAAGAAAUACGGGAAGAAUUAUCUUAGUUGGAAUGGAGUUCGAGCUCAACUGGUAAUAACAGACCCAGAACUGGUGAAAGAGGUGCUGAAAAACAGUGAAAAAGCUUUUUCAAAGCCAAAGCCUCUAUAUUUCUUUAAGAAGCUACUAGGUGACACCAUUCCUACAAUUAAUAGUGAGAAAUGGGCAAGGCAUAGGAAAUUGGCCAAUCAUGCCUUCCAUGGGGAGAGCUUAAAAAAUAUGAUUCCAGCAAUGAUUGCUAGCGUUGGAACGAUGCUUGAGAAAUGGAAAGAUAAGGAAGGUAAAGAGAUGGAAGUGUUCCAAGAGUUCAGAUUCUUGACUUCAGAAGUGAUAUCCAGAACAGCCUUUGGUAGCAGUUACUUGGAAGGAGAGAAGAUUUUGACAUGUUGA